AUGGCUUUUUCAAUCAAUCAUCAUACUGCUAUGGGAAAUAAACUUAAUUUAUUGUAAUAAUAAUAUAGAACUCUUUUUUAAAAGAGAGCUUAUUUACAUUUAUUCUUAUAAGAUGGUCUUGAUGAAUUAGAACUUUAAGAAGCAGAAUCUGCAUGUGGAGAUGUGAUUUCAGAGUAUUGUUGUUACAAUGAUUACACUGAUACUACAGAUGAAUGA